AUCUUGCCACGACAAUAGUGGCAAGCCGUGACAAUAACUAGGUUGGUUGAAAAGAAAGCCGGCUGUAUUGCAGCCAGGUCGCAGGUUUUCUCACAGCUCUUCGUAAAUGUGCUGAAAUGCAAGCUAUAUCUAGGCGAAAAAGCCUUGUGAAGCGACAAGCAGGUUUGGGCACAGUAAGCUUGGGCAUCGUCUCUGCAAGCAGACGCGCGACCACGAGGACUGUGACAAAGUUGGCAAGCAGUCAGCUCAUACAGCAGUCGCCAACGGCUACACCAAUGCCGCGCGUUAAGGCACUCGAGCUCUACGAUGACCCGCACAGCGAGUACUCGGCAAAGGUCAAGGUGGCUUUAUACGCCAAGGGGCUGGUCUGGACGCCUGUGGCGGUGCCGUGCGGAAGCACGCGCUCCCCCGAGUUCCGUGCUGUGAAUCCGCUGGGGAAGAUUCCCGCGCUCUGGGUCACGUUUGAAAACGGACACAGAGAGCUGCUGAUCGAGAGCGAGGUGAUUAUGGAGUUCCUGGAAGACGCCUUCCCGGACGCGCCGCCGCUGCUGCCUCGCGAACCCCUCGCGCGGAGCAAGGCCCGGCUGGUGUCUCGCUUCCACGACCUCUACGUGGAGCCAGCGCUGAGGCGGCUCUACCCUCAGGUGGCGCCCAGUGCGAGGGACCCGCGGCUGGUGCAGGAGGCUGUAGCAACCUUCAAGGAGCGCCUGGCCGAGCUGGCGGCACUACUGCCGCCCGUGGCAGCUGCCGCCUCUCCUGCCGCCGCCGCCGGCGCGCCAGAUGCUGCUGCCUCUGGCAGCAGCCAAGACAACAUUCGCGGUAGCAGUAGCAGCAACGCCUUUGCGCUAGGGGCACUGCACCCGGGUGGCGGGCUGGGUCUGGGGGACUGUGCCUACCCCGCGCUGCUGCUUUAUGCUGAGCUCAUCUUGCCGGUGCUAGAGCCGCAGACGGGGCCGGAGCCAGGGCCGGGGCCUGGCUCCGCGGCUGGAACGGAUGCAGGGCUGAGCUCGGGAGCAGCGUUGGGGUCAGGGUUGGUGGAAGCUGGUGAGGGGCUGGAGGGAGGGAGGAGCAUGCGCGCUGUGUAUGCGGCACACCCACGGCUGUGGGCGUGGCGGCAGGCGCUGUGGGGGCACGCGGCGGUGCGGGAGGUGUUCAAGGAUCUGCGGCCGGCGGCGGAGGAGUGGGUGGCUAUGAAGCUGAAGCAAUAGGAAGGCGGCGGGGGGCGAACGGGUAGCUGCGUUGGGUUGAGGGAGUUGGUACGCCGGAUCCCGAACGCGUGCAAGUAGCGGGUGGGGGAUUGGGGCCCUCCGGCCACGUGCGCUGGCAGCGUUAUGCAAUGGAGGCGGCGGACGCGGCGCUUGAUUGCCCAGAAGCAGCAGUGCAUAAUAUUGGUACAUGGCGCUGAUGUCGAUGGCGGUGGCGGCGGGGAGGCUAGGAUGGCGGCGGGGCCGGGUGGUGGGCAAAUCAUGGUGAUUGCCAGUUGAGCCGGAAUGAAGUUGAGGUUUGAUGGGCAUGUCGCGGGUGCGGUUGAAAAGUGAGUUACGCGCAGAGGCACUGGGGUGGGAGGUGAGGGAUAGACGCUGGGGUCGAUGCGGACGCUGUGGCGUGCAAACCCUGUCGUGACAAACGCGGCGUCCUCGUGAUGCGUACGCCAUGUGCCGGUCGUGUGGGAGAUGUCGUGUACCUUGAGUUGACACGAAGAAACGGGGUUGCGGGGUGUGUGUUGAGGCAACCAAUUUAUGUAAGCUGACUGCAGUGCGCAUCGGCUGCAACGAUGUGCGGUGCAAAUAUGCAACGGGGCAGUCCUUGACAGGCAGGAGUGCGUUGCGAGCCGCAUGGGCCCAGUUGAAUACGCCGCACCCUUGUGGAUAGGAGCGGAGUGUGGGUCGGGAACCUGUUUGGGUUAGUUUGGAGCUAGCGACCUCAUGUGUAGCAGUGUAUGCAGGCGCGGUACAAAAUGCAGUUUGCGGUUGUGGAGCUGGUGCCGUGUGUGUCAGUGUGUGAUGUGCUCCAUCGGACCUCACGUCCUGACGCCAGCAAGCCUGUGUUGUAGCUUCCUCCUCGAAGCCUGUGUUGUAGCUUUCUCCUUGAAGG